AUGUCUAGUCGUAAAAAAGUCAGAGUAUUACUGCUCAAGAAUAAAACUGUCCCCAUUGAUAAAUAUGAAUUGGAGUGUAGGAGUAAGGCGUUUGAACCCAUAUUCGUACCGCUUAUUAAACAUACACAUGUAAUUCAAGAUUUUAGAAAUGUUUUGAAUACCAUCCCAAACUAUUUGAAUACUAUCAAUUACAUUAUUAUUACCUCUCAAAGGACUGUAGAGUCAUUGAAUGAAGCGAUCAUUCCCACAUUGACAAGUGAACAAAAAGCUGCAUUGCUCAGUAAAACAGUUUAUACUGUAGGCCCUGCUACUGCUAACUUCAUCAGAAGAUCAGGUUUCAUUAAUGUUAAAGGUGGAGAAGACGCUGGUAAUGGUUCAAUCCUUGCUGAUAUAAUUAUUGAUGACUUGAGUACGGAUAUUAAGGCAUGCCCACCAAGUGAACUAUUAUUUCUCGUGGGUGAAAUUAGAAGAGAUAUCAUCCCAAAGAAACUCCAUAGCAAGGGAAUAAAAGUAAGAGAAGUGGUUACUUAUAAAACUGAAGAAUUAAGCGACGGUUUUAAAAGAUUCAUACACGCCAUGAAAGAAUGCGAUGAGGAUGAAGUAUUCUCGGACUGGGUGGUAGUUUUCAGUCCCCAGGGAACGAAAGAAAUUACUCAGUAUUUGGGUGACAGUAACCGCCUACCAGGUUCCCAUCUACGGGUUGCGUCCAUCGGACCUACCACUAAAAAAUAUCUGGAUGAUAAUGAUGUAACCUCUGAUGUGGUCAGUCCAAAACCGGACCCCAAGUCGCUAUUAGAUGCUAUUGAAUUAUACCAGCGCCAUAAAUAA